GGAUCGACAACUACGCAUGCGCAGUUAUAAGUCGCUUUCAAAAAUGCCGAUGUGGCCGCUGAAAUAUUAAAGUUUUAGCUCACCUGAGGGAUUUUAGAGCAAACUGUUGAAAUGAACGUUUUCGUACUGGUUUUGUUUUGUAUCUGCGGCUUUGUCACAGCAGACGAAGACGAGAGGCUGCCGAAUAAAUGCGAAGUGUGUAAGUUCCUGUCAGUGGAGCUGCAGGAGGCUCUGGAGAGGACGGCUCGCUCCAAAGAAGUGCUGGAGGUUGGAGAAGUGCUGGACACAGGAAAGAGAAGAAGAAAGAUAAAAUACAACACCUCGGAAACUCGGCUGACUGAGGCGAUGGACAACAUAUGUGAGCGGAUCCUUCAGUAUAACGUUCAUGCAGAGAGGCCUGGCAGCCUCCGAUACGCUAAGGGUGCCAGUCAGACCAUGACUACUCUGAAGAACCUGGUCCACAAAGGAGUCAAAGUGGAGCUGGGUCUGCCGUUUGAACUGUGGGACGAGCCCUCAGUGGAGGUGUCGGACAUGAAAAAACAGUGUGAGACCAUGCUAGAGGAGUUUGAGGAGGUGGUGGAGGACUGGUACUUCCAUCAUCAGGACCAGAGACUGGAGAACUUCUUCUGUCAGAACCACGUCCUCAAGACAUCAGAACAAGAAUGUCUAAAUGAGGUGUGGAAAGGAGACAUGGGGAAGAAGGAAGGGGCUGCAGAGGUGGAGAGCGACAGCGCUGAAGAGGAGGGAGCGAAUGACAACACGAAGGAAGAGCAGGGAAAGACACGUGAGGAGCUGUGAGGAAGGGAAAUGCAGAAGACAACACAAAACCUCAGGCAGAAAAACUGCAAGUCAAUUAUGUAUUGAGGCAUGUUUUCAGCUGCAUUCUUGGAGGCAAAGUCCAGAACAUACAUUUACACUAUUUUAGCUUUAAUGGAU